AUGGAAUUGAUUCAAGAAAUAACAUUACUAAAAGAAUCCUUCUUGGAAUUUAUAAUCAAAGUAACUCCUGUGUUUACAGAACCAAUAUUGGAAUAAUUCAACUCAAAAUGGAAUCCUUUGAAAAAGCUAUUAAGUGACCCUUCAACAAGUGCAAGCGAUGUUUUUUUAUUUGUUUCUUCAAUGUCUUCAUUAAAAAAGAGCAAUACUUCAUCUACUUCAGCUACUUCUCCAAAUUCUGAUUGUAGUAUCUAAAAAACCCAAAAGACAGAUGAUAAACUAAAGAAAUGUAAUGAACUCCCAGAGUAGAGGGAGAUAACUAAAGUGAAAGAGCAAGCUAAUCCGUUAUUCUAUAAAGAGCUCAAAAUAGGUAAUUUUAUAUUUGAAAACGCACAAUAGAAAUAAACAAAAACUUUUUUCUAAAUACUCCAAGAUCAGGGCCAACUUCAUAAUAAGAGUUAGGUAGCAAUGGAGAAAAACUCUUAGAUGAAGAUAUUAAAGCUAAAAUUUUAAGAGAUGAUAUAAAAUGUAUGAAAUUGUUAUUUACUGAGUUAGUUUUAAAUUAAUUAAGAUAACCUACUCCUGAGAAAAAGGUAAGUGUAACUGUGAGAUGCAAUCUGGGAUUAAGAUUAUCAGACGUUAUUUCUUAAUUUCGAAAGGAUAACUUCACUUUGAAAACUAUUCAUGAAAGAAUUAGCGAAGUAACAACCCCUAAAAGUCCAAAGAAAGAUCGUUCACAAUCACCAUUAUUAAUUAUCUAAAGACCAAAAAAUUAAUAUUUCUAACAACCUAUGUUUAUUUAGCAAUAACAGACUGGAGCAUUAAAAGGAUAUAGUAUCUAUUCAAAAAAAGGGUUUAUAUAACCAAUACAAUUCGAUACAUAAUUUUAGAUGUUAAUGCAGCAAUACUAGAAUAAUAUAAUCUAUAAGAAAUUAUAUUUUUGAAGAAACUUUUGGAUAUGAG